AUGCCGGCUCGACACUCGACUGUGCCCAACUUGGAUCUCAGCUCAUUCAAGUCGGAGUCCAACAACGGGAAGCUGUCGUCUCCUCUCACGCCGAAUGCUCACAGUUCCGACGGCCUAAGUCCCCUGACCCCGCGUUCCCCCAAAUCCUCGUCGAGCUCCCCGCUUUUCAAGGGCGCGACCAUUCGUCCCGUCACUCAAGACUCGAGCAGCAAGGUCAAUAGCCCGACGUUACCCCCAUCUCCUGGCACCACCGCGGAGCCUCCUACACCUGGUCUCACGGCCAUUCCCCAGCACUUCCCGUCGCCUAAAGAGUCGAAACACUCGCGUGAUGCGUCGAAAUCCUUCUUUGGCAAUCUGAAGACACCCAAGUCAUCCCAUAAGCCCCAUCGGUCAGAUAGCUCCGAAAAUUCGACGGAUCACCCAAAGAGUCGAGGAAGCUCGAGGGAUCGCAAGGCCCAGAUGGCCUCGAAACUCUACGACUCGUCACCCGAUCUGCCCGGCACCAUUGCUCGUGCAGAUGAGAACGAGAAAAAAGAAGGGUGUUCUGGACACAAAAUUUCGCAGCAAUCAGGUCACAAGAAACCCAGCACAGAACCGGACUCUGCGGCCCAGCUCAAAAGAAGCAAACCGCGCUUUGCGAACCUCUUGACACGAUCUCGUUCAAUCCGAGUUGACGAGUCUUCUGGAAACAGGGCAGCUGGUCGACGCCCGUCAACCGGCCUGGCAAAGCUAGAGGAGUUCAACCAAGGAGAGACACAAAACCCGCCGCAAUCUGCCACUUUGCGCCCAGAGCAUCCCACUCGAGGAGGGCUUACCCCCACCCCCGACCGACAAGCAGACACUGUUUCCCUGAGAAAAGAGAGAAGUCAUGGGGGCUCCAUCGUUCCAUCGGGCUCUCUGAGCCAGGUCUCUGGCGCAUCAGCGGCUCUGUUCAGCAAUAUCAAACAAUCCUCGAGCGGCGCCGCAGACCGCAUCGGCAAGGCAGGCAAGGGAUUCUUCGGCAAAAUCACUCGCAGUGGCAGCACCAACGAGCGAGAGUUGAUCAACGAUGACUCCUACGUGUGCUCGGUGAUUAACCUUCCGUUGAUCCAGCAGGCGAGGAAGACUCGUAUUGCAAAAAGCUGGAAGAUUGCCGGGACAAAACCGAAUUCUGGAUGCCCGCCUUGCCGUACCGUUCCAUCGAGUAGCUAUCUCAAUUUCAAGGGCUGCGAGGAAGAGGGACUAUAUCGAGUACCCGGUAGCGGCAGAGAAGUGAAGUAUUGGCAACGGCGAUUUGACACGGAGCUGGACAUCAGUCUCUUCGACGUGCCCGACCUCUACGAUAUCAACACCAUCGGGUCCCUGUUCAAAGCCUGGCUCCGUGAACUGCCCGACGAGCUCUUCCCCAAAGCAACGCAAAACAUGAUUGCCACGAAAUGCGAAGGUGCCACGACUGCCCCACAACUGCUCAAAGACGAGCUCUCCAAACUCCCGCCCUACAACUACUACCUGCUCUUUGCCAUCACCUGUCACCUCAAUCUCCUCCACUCCUAUGUGGACCAAAAUAAAAUGGAUUACCGCAAUCUGUGCAUCUGUUUCCAGCCCUGCAUGAAGAUUGACGCGUUCUGCUUCCAGUUUUUGGUCUGCGACUGGAAGAACUGCUGGCAGGGAUGCUGGACCGAAAAGGAGUUCCUCCAGAAAGAAAAGGAGAUGGACGAGCAGGAAAGAAAGGCGGCGGAGGAGAAAGAAGCUGCCAGGAUCAAGGCCGAGACGGCUCAAGCUUCCAACGCUCAUGAGAGAGCUGUCUCAUCUGCCAGCAGCAACGAUCAGGCCGAGGAACCUCCUCGUCCAGAAACCUCUCGCAGCCGCAAGGCCAAGCCGAAGAAGAUCGAGACAUCGCACACUCGGAGCGUCUCUCAGCUUCCGGAACUCGGACCGCCCCUCUCUCCUAUCAAAAUAUAG